AUGCCUUCGGCGGGAACCCCUGUCAGUCGCAGGGCUGGCGUUUUGGGGGUCGUUUUGCUGUUGCUGCAGCUCACCACCCGCCUCACCUUUGGUCAAGAAGAGCAAAAUGGAUGCCAAAAUGGCAUGGGCGAUGGCACCAGCGUGUACUUUGACCCCAGCUCCGCUACCUGUCUGCCCAUCACCAAGUGCACAACGCAGUGCUCGGCCGUCUCCGGCACCUCCUACUUUGGCACCUGCUCCUGCCCCACCUUCUGCCUGGUGUGCAACUACGCGUUUGGACCCCCGAUUGCGACGGAAUGCACCCUUUGCGGCAGCCAACGCUACCUCCACCAAGGGACAUGCGUGACGGAGUGCCCUGAUGGGUACACGGGCGUCGGUAGCGGAAGCACGGGCCGCGUGUGCCAAUCAACGCGUGACGAUCCAUCCACACCUGCACCGUCUCCCACAACGACAGCCACAACCACCAGCACGGCCGUGUGGCUGGAGUUCGAGGCUGUUGCACCAACUGUCACCAGUGAUCGCACCUGCGCUCCGGUCACUUCCUGCCUGGACAUCAACAGCUAUGAGGUGCAGCCCGCAACGGCAACAACAGACACAGCCUGUGAACCGUUGACAGACUGCUCUGCCCAGGACGCAUUUAUUGCCGUUGUUUCAGACGGGUUUUCGGACCACGUGUGCUCCCCGCUCACGCAGUGUGAUGAUGACACGCAGUACGAGAGUGCUGCGCCAACUGCGACAAGCGAUCGCACGUGUGACACCAUCUCGCCACCUUGCCACAUUGCAGACCCGGCCACCUUUGAGGCGCUGCCACCAACACGCACCAGCGACCGCGUGUGCAGCGCUCUGACGGUGUGCGAUUUGAGCACGCAGUACAUUGCAGUCCAGCCCACAGCAACCACUGACCGCGAAUGUGCGAACGCGCGCUCGUGCUCAACGGAUGAUGGAUCCGAGUACGAACGGACCCCUCUGACGCCCACCAGCGAUCGCGAGUGCGCGUCUGUGGUCCAGUGCGACUUGCGCAGCACAUAUGAGGAGGUUCCGCCCACCGUCACGUCGGACCGUGCCUGCAGGCAAUGCACUGUCUGCAGUGACAUUGAGGAUGAAGACGCGAGUCUCUCUCUCUUCCAGGCCGAGCCCUGCACCCUCACCUCAGACACUGUCUGUGACCGCUGUUCCGAAUGCUCCGACAACACAUUUGCCUUUCGGGAUUGCGGGUUUGCCACAGACACACUGUGCAUCACGUGCACGCGCUGUGUGGAAGGGGCAAUGUUUGAGGUGGAACCAUGCACGCCCACAACGGAUCGCACGUGCACCGCGUGCUCAGAGUGUGGGGCUGGAACAUUUAUCCAGGAGUCGUGCACCCCGACCAGCGAUACGGUGUGCGAGGUGAUUCGCACGUGCGCAUCCAGUGAAUAUGAGGUGACACCACCAACAGCCACGUCCAACCGCGUGUGUGCGUCGCUUACACGCUGCCGCACGAACGAAUAUGAAUCGACUCCGCCCACCGCCACCAGCGAUCGCACAUGCACGCGCCUGACCACAUGCAGUGACGGCACUGACAACAGUGGUGCGCAGCAGUACGAAUCCUCGGCACCAACAGCGACGACAGAUCGCCAAUGCCGUGCCUGCAGGCAAUGUUCGCCCGCGGAGAGCCUGUAUGAACAGGCACCAUGCACGCCCACCUCUGACACCAUUUGCCGCCAGGUUGCGUCGUGUGCACAGCGUUGCACUGUGGAUGACAACGUUAAUGCCUGUGUUGAACCAGGCACCGUCCUUCCCUGCACCCGCCACGACACCCAAGAAACCUGCCCACAAGACAGGUGUGAGUGGCUGCCUGAAUUCGUGCUGCCGUGUCAGCUGAAGGCGAGCGCUGUAUCGCCGGGUGAUGGCGGUGAUGGCGAUGACAUAUGUUCGGCUGUUCCGCAGCACGCAUGCUCUGGAGCCUGCUUCUUCGAUGCAACCACACAUGUCUGCCGCAAGAGACAAUGCGCUGACAUUGCUGUGCCGACAGAUUGCCACCGCUUUACGCAAGACGAUUGCGAGUACGACAAUGCGGCAUUCGUGUGCAAACUCAAAGGAAGCGACACACCGUGCUACUCAAUUCUUCCCGUUCUCUGCGAAACCUUUGAUCACUGCAUGCUGGACCCCAUUACAUCUACGUGCAACAACAGGGGCGCGAGCGUGCCGUGCCGUUUCCACGACCGGAACACGUGCCCACUCUAUCGCUGCCGCUUCGACGCAUCUGUCAACCUCUGCUGGUCCCUCACCGACAACGUUCCGUGCUCUCUCUUCCAGUCCACAAACUGCCCCGUGCCAGGUAGAUCUGAGUUCCAGUUUGCGUCCCCGACGUCCACCAGCGAUGCGCUGUGCGCGCGCAUAUCCGCAUGUACAAACGACGAAUUUGAGGCCGUACCGCCGUCCCCGCUCUCAGAUCGCGUCUGCCAACCACUCACCACCUGCACAGACAACGAAUACCAGACACAGGCGCCCACCGCCACCAGCAACCGGUUCUGUGCGCCCGUCACAGCGUGUCCCCAAUGGCACUACCAAUCAACGCCUCCUACCGCAACGUCAAACGCCAUUUGCAGCGCCAUCACCACGUGCUCAUCCACAAACUACACAUUCCCGUCAUUACCAACACAAACAACAACACCAACACCAACAACAGCAACAGCAACCACGAUCAACGAAACAGCAGCCACCACCACCAAGUCGCCCAUCCAAACGACAACAACAACAACAGUGCGCGACGAAGACCCAGCCGAUGUCGAUGGCUACUAUUACGAGCUGCUACCGCCAACAGCAACGACGGACCGCGUGUGCACACCAGCCACCACCUGUGUUGUUGGCGAGUUUGUCAAGACAUUGCCCACACCGACGUCCAACGCAAAGUGCGCGCGCAUUUCGUCGUGCGAUCCUGAUACAGAGUAUGAGGCCAUGCCUCCGACACCAAGCAGUGAUCGGAUGUGUGCACCACAUGGCACGUGCGACGGCGUCACGACAUUCGAGACUGCUCCGCCAACAGCAACGUCCGCGCGCGUGUGUGCGCCAACCACACCGUGCAGCCAGUUUUCGUACCAGAGCACGCCUGCCACGCCCACUAGUGAUCGCACGUGCAUGGCCCUGACCACGUGCAGCGAUGAUGAGCUCGCGUCGAUGCUGCCACAGCUGGCGCCGUUUGAUCUGCGACAGCGCGGCCUGGCAUCUUACAUCACCAACCGAGAAUGCAUGACAGUCACGUCAUGCAACCUCGAUGGCGAGUACAUUGCAGUGCCCCCAACGGCAACCAGCGACACGGUGUGCCUGCCCGUACGCACGUGCACGCGCCCCUUGAUUGAGGUGGUGCCGCCGACAGCAACCAGCGACCGCGUGUGUGACGGCGAGAAGAAAGUGGACGCAAGUCUCUAUCUUGUUGGCGUGUCGCUGGCGCAGUUUCCCAUCGCCACCUUCCCCGCCACCAUCGCAUCCAUCAUUGGAGCUGUCACUGGCACCCCUCUCGACCCGUCCAAAGUGUUUAUCACGCGCCUGCGUGAGGGCAGCGUGGAUGUUGCAUACCGCGCGCUUGUGCCAACCAGCAGCGUGCAGAACGUGACAACCCUGUUGCGUAGUGACCAGGCCGUCUUGCAGGCGUUGCAAGCCGUGCACCCUUCGCUGGAGAACGCAACAGCACAGCCCCUCCAGUGCCCUGAUGGCUACUUUGUGUCUGCAACAGGCGAGGGAACGGGCCUUGCUGUUCCCUCGUGCGUGCUCGUGGGCACGUGCCAGCCGUGGGAGUACGAACAGGCGCCACCGACACCCACCAGCAACCGCGUGUGCGCAAACGUGUCCACCAUGUGCGGCGAGCCGUCACUGGAGUAUAUUUCCAGUCCAGCCACGCCCACCUCCAACAUCGUGUGCAGCCCCCUAAAGCAGUGCCUGCAGGACAUUGAGUAUGAGACUGUUGCACCCACGGCGACCUCCAACCGCGACUGCGCAGCCAUCAUCACAUGCGGUCCAGUUGGUGUGCAGUAUGAAGAGACGCCACCCACACUCACAUCAAACCGUGUCUGUCGCAACGUCACGCAGUGCAGCGAGGAGGCCGAUGGUGGCAAUGGUGGUGACACGGGGUUGAUGUUCUUUACUGCCGUCGCUGCAACCCCUACGUCCAACGCACAGUGCGAGGAGGUGCGCGCGUGCGAUGACACGCGCGAGUAUGAAAUGUUAGCGCCGACACCAACGAGCAAUCGUGAGUGCGCCCGGCUCACACCGCCGUGCACGCCAUGGGUCCAGUAUGAGAGCGCUGCACCGACACCAACAUCUGAUCGACGGUGCACCAACGUCACUGCGCCGUGUGUCCUCGGCGUUCAAUACGAACAGCAGCAGCCUACUCCAACAUCAGACCGCACGUGUGAGGACGUCACGCCUUGCGAUGAAACGCAAUACCUCCUCACACCAGCCACCAUCUCUGCAGACAGCGACUGCCGCGCACUUCGCACGUGCACUGCUGAUGAAUAUGAGGAAGUGGCGCCGACGCCAACAUCAAACAGAGUGUGCCAGCCCGUGAAGGCGUGCGCUGCUGACGGUGACGAAUACAUGGUGGCGGCAGCAACGGCAACAAGUAAUACUGUUUGCAGACAGUGCGACACGUGCAGUGCACACCAGUACGAGACCGUUCCGUGCACCAUCGCCACCAACAGGAGGUGCGCCAACUUGAGCACGUGUGACCCUGUCGAUAAAGUGCAGCCGACGUUUGAGAUCAUGGCGGCCACGCCCACCACCAACCGCAUGUGCGGUGCCUGCAGGCAAACCUGCCCCGAGGGCUCCCACGUGACAGCGGCAUGCUCGCAGUUUGCAGACACAAAGUGCCGCGGGUGCCGCACGUGCGCGCUUCUGUCCCAGUACGAGACGAGCCCGUGUACGGCAACAACAGAUCGUGUGUGCACGCGGUGCUCAGACUGCCCCGUCAACCACUACCAGACGCAGCCGUGCUUUGGCACGAGCGAUGUGAAGUGUGCAGAGUGCUCGCCAUGUGCAGAGAACCAGUACGCGCUUGUGCCGUGCCGCGCACAGGCGGAUACCGUGUGUGCCAAUGUGACUGCCGCUUGUCGUGAGGGCGUGGAGUACGAGACGCGCGCACCAACAGCAACCACAGACCGCAAGUGUGUUCAGCUUGAUGUGUGCGGUGAUGGUGAAUACGAACGCAUCGCGCCCACCGCCACCAGCAACAGGGUGUGCCUGCGUGUGGACGACUGCAACCUGGACACACACUACAUCGCAGCCGAGGCAACGCCAACCUCCAACACAGUGUGCGUGCCUCGCUCCCCACCCACGUGUGGCGCGGGCAUGUUUGUGUCGCGCGCACACACGGCAACCUCAGACAUCGAGUGCAGGCGCCUUCGCACCUGCAACCCGGACACCCAAUAUGAGACAGCGGCAGCAACCGCAACGACAGACCGCGAGUGUGCGGACGCAGACGUGUGCAUGCUGUUUGCGAAUGGCACGGGCACAUAUGAGCAGCAGCCGCUGACACCCACGUCCAACCGCGAGUGCAAGCGCGUGCGCACGUGCGAGCAGCAGGGUGACACGGAGCGGUACGUGGCCACGGCGGCAACGGCAACCAGCGAUGCCGUGUGUGGCGCUGCAGACACGUGCAUUCCCCGCGUGUCGUACGAAACGCGCCCACUGACACCUACCAGCAAUCGACGGUGCGCGCAGGUGCGUGCGCCGUGCAACCUCGAUGUGGAGUACGAGAGCGCUGCGCCCACGCUGACCACCAACCGCGUGUGCACACGUGUUACGGAGUGUGCGGAUGAUGGCAGCGAGUACGUGCUGCAGGAACGCACGUCCAUCAGCGACCGCGUGUGCGAGUCGUACACCACGUGCGCCCCUUUCAACGCCAUCCUCUCCGAUGUCUGCGAAGCGUGCUUUCUCCCAGACCCGCCAACAAACGCGUCGCUGUCUGCGUGUGCGUCGCUGACUAUUAAUCUCUGCCGCUAUUUCGCCGAGACUGGUGCUCCGCUCCCAUCGCUCUGCGCUUCCUGCACACGCGGAACACGCGAUUGCCUUCAGCUCGCCAUGAACUACACGUCACAUCGGUGCCCGCGCCCGCAAGGCGAAUACGAGCAACGGUCACCCACGGCAACGUCAGACCGCACGUGUGCACCCAUUACAUCAUGCAGACCUGGCCAGUUCACAAGCACGCGGCCCACGCCCACUUCAGACAGGGCAUGCAGCGUUGGCGUUCCGCUUGUCGCCAUCACGACAACAGCGGCGCCGGGCACACCUGCUGGCUCCAACAGCACGGCAGGCGUGGGGCAGGCCACGUGGGUGUAUGUUGUCGUUGCUCUCCUCCUCCUUGGUAUCAUGUGCGCCGUGUUGGCCACGCUGAUUGCGAGGCAGGGCCGACGAAGCAGCUCCCACACCCUCAGUCACGACCCAUCAUCGCUUGAAGGGUACGCAGGGAACAAGGGUGCCCGUGAUGGACAAGUGCCAGCGCACCCACUCUCGCCGCAACAGCGUAUGUACCAAGCAUCAUUUGUGGACCCCUCGGUGCGGCGCAUGCAUGGCAGUGACGGCAGCGUGCUUGCAGGCAACAACAUGCAGAACGAGGCCUUUGCUGAGCCCGCCAUGCUGUUUUCGGGACAGCAGCAGCAACAACACCAGCAACAGUAUAGCGCCGGUCACACCACCGCACUCGCAGCUGCCAUGGCGUCCGCAACAGCAACAGCGACGGCGACGGCAGCGGCAGCAGCAAUUCCGUCCUCACACGAGAACGCGGAGAUUAUGCCAGGUGCUGAUGGCGAAGAUGAUGAGGAUGAUUGGGAGCAGCAACUGAGCGCGAUGCAACAGCAGCAACAGCUGUUUGAGCGCACCUUUCGCCAGCAGCAGCAGCAGCAGCAGCAGCAACAACAACAACAACAACAACAACAACAACAACAACAACAACAACAACAACAACAACAACAACAACAACAACAACAACAACAACAACAACAACAACCUGUGCUUGCGCCAGUCAAGAAGCGUGGAUCGCAGCAGAAGGUCGGGGUGGUGCGACGUCGCAAGAGUGGCAGUCGUCGUUCAUCGAAGGAUGUCGCAGGGAAGAACGCAACGCUUCAAGAACUGUUUGAUAGCAUGCCACAAAUCAAGGAGGAGGACGAGCAACACGAGCAAGGUUGGAGUGCAGCAAAGCCGCGCCGUUCCGACACAAGUGCACCGAUGGCUGUGUCCAUGGAUGAGUCAAAUGCGAUUGCGUUUGGCACAAAACCGCCGCCAUCAUCAUCGUCCAUGCGUUCUGCAACAGACCUCCAACUCGAAUCCCUCAAAGAGGGGCUGAGCACGUGCUCGGAGGAGUAUGAGGCAAUUCGGACCGCCGAUCCAGCAACAGUGACGGCAGAUGCUGCCAGUCGUCAGUCAAGCCUUCGCCGCAACAGAUACCAGAACGUGCUGGCCAUUGAUGCAACGCGGGUUGUGCUGCAGGACGACGAAGACGGCAACGAUUACAUCAACGCCAACCACGUGCGCAUUCCACACGCACCAGAGCUCCACUACAUCCUGAGCCAGGGCCCGCUCGAAGCGACAACGGAGCACAUGUGGGCGAUGGUUGUGCAAGAGCACGUUCACGUGGUGGUGAUGGUGACAAACUUGAUUGAGCCCAAACCAGACGGACGCAUCAAGCAGAAAUGCGUUACGUAUUGGCCGCAGAAACAAGGCGAAGCAAUGGUGUGUGGUCGGUUUGUGGUCACGUGCACAUUGCGGGAGCAGCAUGAAGGAUACACGACAUCCACCGUUGUCGUCCGCUCUCCGCGUGACCCGUCGCUCGAACACACCGUCACCCACAUCCAAUACCGUGACUGGCCUGAUUUUGGAGUGGCAGAGCCAAGCUCUCUCUUGCGGUUCAUGACGGCAGUCAGACAGCAGCACGCAGCACGACCCACGCAGUCGCCCUCAUCGUCGUCAUCGUCGCCUAUUCUGGUGCACUGCUCCGCUGGACUCGGGCGCUCGGGCGUGUAUGUCGUGGUGGACGCUGGCAUUCAGAAGAUGAUGAAAGGGUUUGUGCCGGACCCAAGGGCGCUGUUGAUGCACGCGCGCAAGCAGCGGCCAGGCCUCGUGCAGACAGAAGAGCAGUAUCGCCUCAUCUACCAGUGCCUCCUCCAAUAUGCCUCGUCAUCGGCGUCUUCGUAG